AUGUCUUCUGAGGAGGGCAGGGCGCCGCUAUGCAACACUAAGCGAGAUCCACCGAAUACGAUUAUGAAUCCACAUUCUAUUCUGAUUCAACCAAGAACAAAAACCAAUGAGUUUCUUGUUGUGCUGAAAUCGAUAUCUUUGAAAGGAUUUUUCCGGCUUUGGGGCACUUUUAUUGGACAAUUUCCAUUCGCUUUUCUCAUAUCGGGUCUUAUUUUAUGUUCUUUAUCAUGCGGGAUUGUAAAGCUUCAUUUACGGGACAAUGUUCGAGAUGGUUAUACACCUCGUACAUCACGGUCUCGGUUAGAGACCGAUCUUUACCGAGAAUUUCUUGGGUCUCAAGGAGACCCCGCCAUGACUACGGUAUUAAUGCUGGCCAAAGAUAAUGGUUCCAUGCAUCGGUUGAAUUAUCUGCAGGAAGCCGUGCAAACCAUGGUGCAUAUCUCGAAGAAUCUCUCCGCUACCGUAUCUGACGGGAGUACGGUCAGCUACGGUAACUUUUGCGGGCAUUACUGUGAUUCAAAUGUGGUUGUGGGAUAUUUUCUCCAAUCACUCAUUCAAAAAACCUUGAACCCGGGAUCGAUGUCAUUACAACUAACCUAUCCCAUUGCUGAUCUUCGGGGCAUUAAAUUGCAUUUGGAGCGCAAUUUCUAUGGCGUAAAGACUACAAACAACUACAAUAUCACAAAUAUUGAAUACGUCAAGCUCAUCUCCAUGUCGUUUAUGGCCGAAAUGAAAACAGCAGCAGAUACGGAACGAUUGGGAGCUUGGGAAUUAGCCUUAUUUGAUUAUUGCUCGAAUUAUACCUCAAACAAUGAUAAUAUGCUAGAAUUACUG